UCAGCCAAAUUCCACUGCUUAAAUAGAGAAGAUAUUCACCCACUCGUGCUGCACAUUAUAAAUCCAGAGCUUGUGUCCCUAUGCAACUGUGCCACAAAAGGUUGGAUCUAGCAAUCAGAUUUUCCUUGAACCUGACAAACGUUGGUCACACACUCAGAAAUUACACCAUCAAAAUAGAAACAAAGUAUCACUGCUCUGAGCUGCAGAUGCACUAAAUGUAGACAGGUUUCAGAGCAGCAGCCCUGCUAGUCUCUAUCCGCAAAAAGAAAAGGAGUACUUGUGGCACCUUAGAGGUUGUGGCAAUACCAGGUGUGAUGCGACCACAAAUGAGCUCGGCCCAGCAGGAUACAGGUGCCAGUGUAGCGCUUGUGGAGUUGCUUUGUGCCAGGAAGCGCAGGGGGUGCUGGCUUUUUUUUUUUUUUUGGGGGGGGGGGGAAGAUGGUGGCAUCUUUCUUCUCUAGCCAACUUCCCAGCUGUGUGGGAGGCAGUGCAGCAGCCAAGUCCUCAUUCCCGCUGGCCCGUCACAUCCUCCGCCCUUUACAAAAAACCAGAUCUCCAAGUCAUCAGAUGACAAGGCGAGUGCCCGGAGGCUCUUGUGGCUCCGGCAGCAGCUGCCCGCAGCAGCCGGGCAGGGGCGCUCUCCCCUCGGAGCUGCCGGCGGCAGGAGCAGCGGACGCCUCCCCCGGCCAGCGGCUUCCCAGGCAGAGAAGUUCGCUCAGCCCCAGCCGAGCAGGAGGCGGAGGCGGCGGCGGCUCGUGCGAGCUUGGCGGGGGGACGCGCAGACCUCGCCUGGAGCUGCCGCUGCCUGGACCUCGCCCCGCACCCCAGCCAGCCGCUCCCUCCCUCCCGCUCUGCCGAGCCGCCGCCGCCGCUGCAUGAGGCGCGCCGGGCUGGUCUUCGGGGCCACCUGUUCCGCUCUGCGCCCGCCCGCGCCCACUCCCCCGGCCGGCCAUGAACGCCUCGCUGGGCAAUCAGACCGAGGCGGCGGGGCUCUUCUUCGCCAACAGCAGUGACGCCCUGGAGCGGGCCCUGGGCUGCUGCACCCAGGCCUCCGUGGUGACCGACAACGGCUUCGUGGUGACCGGGCAGGACGAGAGGAGCCUCUACAUCAUGCGGGUGGUGCAGAUCGCGGUCAUGUGCGUCCUCUCGCUCACCGUGGUCUUCGGCAUCUUCUUCCUGGGCUGCAACCUGCUCAUCAAGUCCGAGGGGAUGAUCAACUUCUUGGUGAAGGACCGGAGACCGUCCAAAGAGGUGGAGGCGGUGGUGGUCGGGCCCUACUGACAGCAAGUGCCUCCCGCCGAGGAUCCGGCCGCGAAACAGGUGGCACUUUCCGCAGGCCCUCGCUGCUGCUGCUGCUGCUCCAGCGGCCAAGGUUGCCUUUUGCCUGAGGGGGCCAGCCCCACCCCGGGAAGGGGAGCGAAGGCGCCUCGGGACCCGCUGCUGGCUUGGGGGCUCUGUCACUGCUUGCUGCCCGGAGACGCUCCGAUGCAAGUCUCGGGACUCCCGCGGCUCCUGAGAUGGGUGGCUGGGCGGGACGGACACAGCCCCAGCAAGGAGCCAGGACGCGUCUUUCUCUUCUGUGUGUUACCCGGCCAGCACUGAGCCUCCUGCAGCGUUUUGUAUAUAGUGAUUAUAAUGCACUUUGCUGCCUGGUUUAAAAACGGGGGAGGGGUGGGAAGGGGAGCGGGGGGGUUGGUAAGGAAAUGCUGAUUGUCAAAUGUUAAUUCCUGUUUUAGAGAUUUUCCUUCCACGGUUUUUUAUUCGUUUGAUAACAGCCAGGACGCUGGCUCGGUGGGAGGCGGGUUGGCAGUUCGGUGCCUCUAGAGAAACAACACUAACCACCCCCCUGUGAACGUUUCGAAGUUGUCUUUCUACUGUCGCUCUUUUUGUAGCCAGGGUCCAAGUCACUCUUGCGCCUGCAGGAGCCGGCGAGCCUGAAGGCUGAGCCCUCGCUUCUUGUCUAUGAAUUGCACGGUUUACACAGCCAAAGGCGCUCGGGCGGGAACUGUCUUGGUGUGGUGUUUUUUUGUGGUUUUUUUCUGAUUUCAUUUGCUUUAAUAAAUACAUCUUAAACUUUUA